AAUGAAGUAGGACUCAAAACAAGUUUGUACCUCAGGAAUAAUUAUCACAAUUACCUCAAAAUAUAUACAGAUGGUUCUAAAAACAAAGAAGAGUGUGUCGGAAUUGGUAUAUAUAUCCCAGAAUUUAAAGUGUCAAUAUCAACAAGAGCAUCAGACCAACUUUCAGUGUAUACAGCAGAAAUGCUGGCAGUAGUAAUAGGAUUACAGUGGGUGGAAGAGGUCAGACCAGACAGGGUGGUGAUAUGCACAGAUUCAUUAUCCAGUUUACAAAGCAUACAGUCAACAACAACUGCCAGAGAAGACAUACUCAUAGAAAUCAAUCACAGCCUGUUAAGACUUCACAGAAGCGGCAUAGAUCUGCAGUUCUGCUGGGUGCCUGCGCAUGAGGGGGUGAAAGGGAACGAGUGUGCUGAUAGAUUAGCAAAAAGUGCACUACAAAAGGAAAUCACAUUACCAGUUCAACUUGGAAAAGGAGAAGGAAAAGCAGUUAUUAAGAAGAAAGGGAUGGAGAUCUGGCAGAAAAGGUGGGAGAAAGACCAGAAAGGCAAAGAAUACCAUCAAGUGCAAAAGACAAUUACAAUUAAUAUUUAUAAAGAAAGAAACAGAAGAGAGGAAGUAAUGAUAGCUAGGCUCAGACUAAAUCACACUGCAUUAAAUGGUACGCUGUAUGUCAUGGGGAAAAGUGACAGUGACAAGUGUGGGAACUGUGGAGUUAGGGAAAAUGUGGAACAUAUUUUAUUACAUUGUGUCACCAAUAGAGUUGAAAGAGGGAAAUUAAGGGAUACAGUUUUAGAGGCAGAGAGGGAGUGGAAUGUAGCGGGUAUUCUGGGAACAGAAGGAGAAGGAGUAAGAGCUAUCAGAAAAGCACUGUUCACCUUUUUGAGGGAAACUGGGAUAGGGAAAAGAAUUUAACAGUAGACCAUGGAUGAUUUGUUUUUUGUUUUGUUUUAUUUAUUUUAUUUUAUUUUAUGGUUUAUGGUUUUCUUUUUGAUAUGCUGGUUUAUUAGAGGAUUGACAUGAUGAUACACACUCGUGUACAGUAGGUGGCGGUAUGCAACCAAAAGCUGUUUGCGACCCGCCAUUAAAAAAGAGAAGAAGAAGAAGAAGAAGAUCCUGUUUGCGGUAUUCAGAUUAUCUCGGUUUCUACCUGCUGGAGGACUUCGGUACCACAUCACCACACGGCGCCAUAUUAGAUACACAGUAUAUUGCAGCGGACGAAGUCAAGGAAAGGGAACUGGACUCCAGAUGACAAGGCUUCUCAGGCCGCAGUAGUCAAUUCUCAAAACACUCGAGGUGAAUGUUUUAUGGUUGACAACGAGUAAUUGAGUCAAACAUCUCGGGCAGUGGAGUCCAAGGCGUGCUGUUUUCGUCGUUGUUUCGCAGAGUUGCCGGCAGACAUGACUUCCUUGGUUCAACGGAGCUCGGGCCUGGUGCAGAGGCGGACCGAAGCCUCGCGCAACGCCGCCGACAAAGACCAUCCGGACGGCGAGGAGGACGAGGAGCCCCGCCGGGGAGACGAGCCGGAUGAUGACGAUACCGGAGACUCCAAAGAAACACGUCUCACCUUGAUGGAAGAAGUGCUGUUGUUAGGACUGAAGGACCGAGAGGGCUACACCUCGUUCUGGAAUGACUGCAUCUCAUCAGGGCUGCGGGGGUGCAUGCUGAUCGAGCUGGCUCUGCGAGGACGUCUGCAGCUGGAGGCGUGUGGCAUGAGGAGGAAAGGUCUGCUGGCCAGGAAGGUAGGACGCCUGUUUCUGCUUGUGCAGCUUUCUUUCUUCGUUUGUCUUAAUCUGUGCUUCUACCACCAUCUUGUAUUGCAACCGGCACAGUUAUUCACAACCAGCUUCAACAAACUCGUAACAACUAACUCUACCAGUGUUCCAAAGACUUAGACUUAGCACCAUUUUUAUUUUUUUUAAAGUGAACUUAUUUGGGCCAAGGGGGGCACAUAUAAAAACAAUACUAGGUCUUAUGUGGACUGUCUGAGCUUACUGACUGCAGGCAUCAUAAUACCGAAGAGUAUAUAGUUGAGAUGAAUUAUAUUUUAAUUACCAGGUUACCUAAAGAAAAGUACACAG